UUUGGCAAUUUUGGCGCACGAUCAGCAGACGAUUUGGAACGGUUACUGGUCGAAGCAGUAGCACGAGCGGUUUCAGUCGGUUAAUAGCGUUUUACCGCUUCACACACGCAGCGUGCAUCUCUGAACUGUUGCACUGCAGAUUGCGCGCGCUAGUCUCUCGAUCAUUCCAAGACUGUGCUACGUCACUGACUAACACGUGCAGAUGGGUAGUACUAUUCGACGAUUUUGGUGGUGGAGGAUAACGAUUAUCGCGUUAGUGGCGAUCGUCUCAGAAUCAGCCGACCAUCGAGUCCGUGCCUAUCGCUAUAAUUACGAAGAUUAUGAUACGAUGAUAGGCACGUGCCGGGAGCACGAGGUGUGCAACAUCGUGCACCAUCGUCACUGGAUGCCCAGUACGGUGGAUAAAAUAUGUCGCUGCCCGCUGAACACACCGAGCUGUCCAGUCGUCCAUACUCGCCACGGGAACAUUAUGAACGUGAACAGCCGCACACAGAUGAAAUUCUGCGCUCCACUGACCUCGUUGCGGCCAUGCCGCGAUGGGGAGGUAGCACUCCGUCGCAAAACCCUCUACCAAUCGUACGGCGUUAAGAAUGUAUCGAUCGUAGUCGACUGUUUGUGUGAUCACCGGCAGAGUCACUGGAGCUUUCAUAACCGCUCUGCGGAGGAUUUCAACGAUGCUCGCCAUCUGAUCACGGUGGUACAGCAUUACAAGUGCGUCGCCAUGAAGCGCUGUGCACCGCACGAGUUUUGUGGAUAUGGCAGGCAGGACUAUGGGUUCAUCUACCACCGGUGCACCUGUCCCAUGGCGCACCAGUGCAAAUUCGAUCUUGACGAGUAUGAGAAUGAAGUGAGCGAACUGUUUUACCAGGGUCCAGCCUACAUCGCACGAUGCGUUCCAAUCUAUGAUUACGAUUGGUGGUAAGGGACGCAUGGAAGGAAAGCAGCAGAAGCAGCUGAGGGCGUCACGCCAAGCAGGCGUGGAGUUGCGGGA